AUGGACGGCUCGGCAGCGAGAGCCGGAGCGCCCGGCUGCGCGCAGAGGAAGCGGCUGCCCCGCCCUCCGCUCGGGGCGUGGGCUGCCUUCCGGCCGGGAGGGGCGCGGGCGGGGCAGACCCCUGGCCCAGCCCGCGCCCACCCGCCCCCUUUCCUGCCUCCACUGGCGCAGGGCCGUUUACCAGCGAGGAGACCCGUGGCCCUGCUCCGAGGAAGCGCCCGGCCUGGCCCUGCGCAGGGAGGGCAGCUGCCGCCGCGGGCCGUCGCUCAGCAUCAGGCGCGCCUUGUUCCGCUGCCCCCAGGCCGCGGGGCUCCAUCGAUCCCUCCACGGCUCUUCAUCCUCUACCUAGCGGUGGCUGCCGUCUGCUUGGGUCUACUCAUGUUGCCGCUGCAGGGCCAGCCCAGCCCGCUGCUGCCUUCUGCCUUCCGCAUCACCCUCCCCCAGAAGCUGGUGGCCGCUUACGUCCUCGGCCUGCUCACGAUGGUGUUCCUGCGGAGCGGAGCUCAUCCCUCACCUCUCUGAAGGAUCCGGGACAUGCAGAGACAAAUCAAGGCCAGCGGGAGGGGGCACCCCCCAUGGUGCCAUGGCUGCCAGGAGGGGCGAGGGAGCGUGCCCCACCUGCUCAUCUCCCCAGCACCCAGGGAGGCCGGCCUCUUGCCGUGGACGUGGUGGUGUGGCGCAUUUCCAGCAGCAGCCACUUCUUGCGCUCCCUCCGCCCCUAGCUGGGUCUGGGGGCCAGCAGCGUAGAGGAGGGGUGGGUUUCAAGCUGCCCCACGCCUGGGCCCCCAGGAUCUCCACUCCACCCCUUUCCAGCCUGGAGAGCUUCUCAUCAAAUCGAAAUAAAAGCCAACCAGUAAAACCACAGCAGUGGAG